AACUUUCUCAGUAGCCUUGUAAGAUUGCAGCAGCGCCUUUGUUGUUUUAUUACAUUAUUCACCGUGGGUAUUAUUUUAUUUCAAGGUAGUCGGAUCCUUAAUCCAUACCUUCAAGGAACAAUUAAUAUUCUGGAAUUAGCAAAGAAUUGUGCAAGGAGUGGCGUCUCUUGAUAUAGCUAAGUGCUCUGAAAGAUUGAACUCGCCCCGGACAUUGAGACCUCGGAUAGGCUAAGACCAUGGAUCUUUCUGGAUCGGGGGGUUUCCUCCCAGAUUCCCUCCCCUCUCCUUCUCCAAGCACUACGUCAGUCAGUUCCACCUCAUCCAAUCUACCACAACCACGUAGCAAACCUCUUCGUGCCGGAUCCUCAAAGGAACAAGCUGCAAGACGCUAUGUAGAGAACAAAUUACUCCAAAUCGCAAGGCGAUACACCAAAAAGUUUGAGGGUCCCGAAGAGGGAGACACGGUAGUCGGCUAUGUAAGUAUGAAAGAGGUAGCCAAGGACGUUUCCGAGAUAAUAGAUGUGUUGUGGCUGUCGGGUACACGUAUGUACUUCAAUCUAUACAUGGUACACAUUUCUUCGACUGACUAUCAUAGCAAAUUUGCAAAUUCCAUAUUUGCUAAAUGUUGCUCUCACAAUGUCUACAUAUCCCACAAAAUUUCCCCCGGCACCAGCUACAACAUUUGCUGUUUUGAGAAAGCUAGAUCAUGCAUUCGCUAGUUUACUUAGGGGAGAAGACACAGUUACUGGGGAGAUCUUACCGGGAUUUCUCUCGGGUAGGAGAGCGGGAAUGAGCCAGACUGAUAUGGUUAGAUGCAGAAGUAUAGUUGGGGAUACCAGGAUAAUGAUUGUGGACGUCAUGAGUAAGGAAGUAGAGCCAGAACCACAAUCCGAGAAUGGAGUCAACGGUGACGCUGCUGCUAAUGUUGAAGGCGAGGGUGAGGGUGAGGGGGAUAAUGAAAUGGACAGUGGUCCUGAUGAGAUGAUUUUGGACGAAGAUGAUGACUCUGAAUAUGACAAUGAUGAACUUGCUAUGGACAUUGCUAGAGUCUACGAGGCAACGAUUAUGGAGCUUGGAGAAAGGCUAGAAAGUGGUCCUAACAUUGGUAUCGGGCAUAAUGAUUCAUGAAUGCAAAAACAUCUCGCAUCCACGCAAAUAUUACGGAGCAAACUUACGCAUAUUAGGCGUCGACAUUAUCAAAGGACAGGAGGACGUACUCUGGAGUCAGCGAUAUUUUCGGCGGCAAGGAUUUGCACCAAAUGAGGCAUGCUUCCAAAUCCAUGGACAUGGAUUUGGAAAGUCGAAAGGGGCCCAUGAAAGUAUACAGUUAGCUCUAUACAGCUCUUUCUCAAGGAUUCCAAUAAUUAUGAGAUUGAAAUCCGGCCUGACUAAUCAGCCAUGGUGGCAAGGAUGAUUUGCCAUGAACGGUAAUAGUUAGGAGUGGGAUGUGGUGAGAAGAGGUGAUUUCGGUGAUCAAGGAUUGAGGGGAGAAAUGCGGAGGAAGUGCGGAUUGACAAUCGUGAGUAUGUGAAGUUGAGGAAGAAGUGGUAUAACCUCAUGCUAGGUAUUAUCCCAUGUGAUGAGAUCUUUAUCUUUUACUUCCAUCGUCGACGAGCAUGAAAAUCGUUCAGUCACAGAACUGCCUGCAUCACUCACGAUUCUUGAAUUCUUAAUUUUGAGUUUCGAGAUGUGCAGUUCACACAGUUUAGUGCGAAGCUGUGAGUCUAGCUUAAAUGGAGGGCGGGAUUAGGAAGGAAGGGUUAAUUUCUUCUGCAUAUUGGGUUUUUGCAUAGCAUCAUCUGUCUGUCACAACCAGGUGAUUGUAUCUACAACGACACUAGAUCAGCUUGAAUAAAUCA